UCAGCCAGAUCAAGCAGGCAGAUGUAAGCUAGCACAGACAAAUUAGACAAAGAAACCUUGCGAAGAGUCUGAGUGAAAAAGACUUCAAAGUGACGGAUGGUGAAAGGAGCGACUGUGGCACAAAGCUAUACACCUUACUCGAUACACAUGGAAGUAUGAAAGUUAAAGACUGGAACAUGAAGAUGGGACCAUGAAAUAUCCUGUCAAAUAUUAGACACACGGCAUACUACAAUUUCUGAAAGUGCUUUAAAGAGAAGAGUGCUACCUCCAAAGCGGUGAUGUCACGGGUUCCCACCCCCCCUCCUCCUGGGGAGAUGUCAAGUGGACCUGUGGCAGAGAGCUGGUGUUACACACAGGUCAAGGUGGUGAAGUUUUCAUACAUGUGGACCAUAAACAACUUCAGCUUUUGCAGAGAAGAAAUGGGGGAGGUGUUGAAGAGUUCCACCUUCUCCUCAGGGCCGAACGACAAAAUGAAGUGGUGUCUGCGGGUCAAUCCAAAGGGACUUGAUGAUGAAAGCAAAGAUUAUCUGUCAUUGUAUUUACUUCUUGUUAGUUGUCCAAAAAGUGAAGUCAGAGCAAAAUUCAAGUUUUCUUUGUUGAAUGCGAAAAGAGAGGAAACUAAAGCAAUGGAAAGCCAAAGAGCCUACAGGUUUGUCCAAGGCAAAGACUGGGGCUUUAAAAAGUUCAUUAGGAGGGAUUUCCUCCUCGAUGAAGCCAAUGGUCUUCUACCCGAUGACAAACUUACUCUUUUUUGUGAGGUAAGUGUUGUCCAGGACUCUGUGAACAUUUCUGGCCAGUCCAACAUGAACAUGCUGAAGGUACCAGAAUGUCAGCUGUCUGAUGACCUGGGGAACCUUUGGGAGUGUUCACGCUUCACAGACUGCAGCCUCUAUGUGGGAGGGCAGGAGUUCAAAGCCCACAAAUCCAUCCUGGCAGCAAGGUCACCAGUCUUCAAUGCGAUGUUUGAGCAUGAAAUGGAAGAGAGUAAAAAAAACCGUGUAGAUAUAAGUGAUGUGGACCCAGAUGUCUUCAAGGAAAUGAUGGGCUUCAUAUACACAGGGAAGGCCCCAAACCUGGAGAAGAUGGCAGACAACCUGCUGGCAGCUGCAGACAAAUACGCUCUGGAGCGUCUAAAAGUCAUGUGCGAAGAGGCCUUGUGCAACAGCCUCUCAGUGGAGAACGUGGCCGACACCCUCAUCCUCGCAGACUUGCACAGCGCCGAGCAGCUCAAAGCACAAGCCAUAGAUUUUAUCAACAGGUGCAGUGUCCUCAGACAGCUGGGCUGUAAAGAUGGAAAGAACUGGAAUAGCAACCACGCCACAGAUAUAAUGGAGACCGCAGGCUGGAAGUCAAUGAUCCAGUCGCACCCUCACUUGGUCGCCGAGGCUUUCCGCGCCCUGGCGUCAGCACAGUGCCCGCCCUUCGGUCCUCCCAGGAAGCGUCUAAAACAGUCGUGACGCCCCGGGUGUCCGUGGCUCUGCAAAGGAAGGACUAGUGAGGAUACCACUCUUUUUAUUUCCACCAAAACUGAACACACUUGAAGAAGAGUGGGCCUUCUUCACCGGGGAUGUGGGAAGGCCGGCACAAUGGAUGACUGUCUUGCUUUGCUGCCCCGACUGUCUGCUGUUCAUGGCGGGUAGCAAGUCAAGCUGUCUGCUACUGUUAUUUCCUGUCAUUCUUCAAAAAAAAUGGCCUUAAUAUAUCUGCCAUUGCUCUGGAGUUCUUUUGUCUAUUUUACUCUGUGCCUGCCUUGUCACAAAGACCAGGUCUCCUCCAGGUUGCACUAGUUCCCGUCUGUAGUCGUUUUCAUAUGGAGUUCGAUAGGAACGUAACAAAGGUUGAACUAAAUGGGAAAUAUUAUAUAUUUGUAAUGUUUAGCCCGUUUUGUGACCAGAUGUUAAAAGAGCAUGAACACUUUCAGUGCAAGGUCAGUUCUUAACACUUUUUAAAAAGGUGUAUGCCCCAUAUUGAUGGCACCAUUUCUAUGUCAGUGACAGCUGAAGCAUCCUCAGAAGACCAGUGUACAAGGAAGUCUGUUGUGUUGGAUCUGUGUAGGGACAAAUCCUACAUCACACUUUAGGAAGCGUCAAUUCUCGUCUUUGGACCGAACAAACAUUGGAAGGUGCAUUUAUCCCGGCUCACAUCGUAACGACAUUUGGAUCAAGUCAGUGCACCGCCAUGAUUUUCAAUUCUAAGACUUUAGUAUUGCCAAGCUGCAAAUAUAUAUUCUCAUCAUAUUGUGGUUAACUCAAAGUGGAAAGACUAAUGCAUGGUAAUGUUAUUGUCGCAGAAAGUGUCCAAAUUAUAAUUUUUUUUACUUAACAAUGUACUUUCUGACAUUGGUGCAGAUUGAAAAGAAUUGGUGAUGUACAAAAAAAAAGGUCCUCGGAAAAGUGUAGGAUGCUGAGCAUCACUUCUGCCGGCAAUGUCAUUCUUUGUUCUGAAUGAGGAUUGGUCCUGUUUAUUCGGUGCGUCUUGUAUGUAGCGUGACGUGAUACACACUUGAGGAGCAUUUGUAAAAUAGAAGUCAACAUGUUGAAACGUUCGGAAGUUGUCUGCAGGAAUGGCUGUGUAAAGCAAAUAAAACAUUUUCCAGCA